AACACCUUAACUUUUGUCACAUUCAUUCUGGACCUUCUGGUUUUGCGACCUUUUGCUUAAGGAAUGCUUGUCACCUACUCCUUUUAAGUUCCCUCACUCUACUUGCUCUCUUCGAGGCUUAGAGCGAGGGACAGAGAGAGACAGUUUUUCAAGCCAUGGAAAAGCACAGAAUCUGCAAGAUCUGCAACAGGCGCUUUGCCAACGGCAAAGCCAUGGGUGGCCACAUGAGAUCUCAUCUGGCCAAGCAUCCGAUCCCUCCAAAGCCGUCACAACAGCAUGACAACUCGCCCCCCGCCGCCGCCGCCGCCCCCGAGUCAACUCAGCCAUCUCCAUCCUCGUCCUCCUCUCUCAUCUUUCACUCCAUAAACAACCCCAUGCAGUUCUACCGAUCCGUCAACGGCGAGCUCUCUCUCGCGGAAAACUCCGACGGGGAAAGCGAGAACGAUUCUCACUCUCAAAGUCUGACUCGCAGAAGAUCCAAACGGCGACGUAAACCCAUCGUACCACUCGCCGACCCGCUACCCGAAUCCGAACCGGUGAGUUCAGUCUCCGAUGCUUUUCCUGAAGAAGACGUGGCUAUGUGUCUUCUAAUGCUUUCUAGAGAUAAAUGGACAAAAGGUAAAGAAAAAGUUCAUCCGGAAGAAGGUGAGGAUGAUUACUCGCUAUACCAGAUUCGCACGCGAACGAAGUUCAGGUGUGAGACGUGCAGGAAAGUGUUUCGAUCUUAUCAGGCUCUUGGCGGCCAUAGAGCAAGCCACAAGAAAAACAAUAACCUUGAACAACAUGUCGUCGUCGGAGAAGGUAAGGUUGUCGUUGAUAAGAGAGUCUAUGAAUGCCCAUUUUGUUUCAAAGUGUUUGAGUCUGGUCAAGCUCUGGGUGGACACAAGAAGGUACACUUCUCCAACGUAGGCGACGCUAGAAGUUCUGCUAGGCACGGAGACAAUUUGAUAGAUCUUAACUUACCGGCUCCGGAAGACGAAGAUGAAGUUAGCCAGGUUGCGCUCUCAACUGUGUCCAAUGCAGCGUAAGUUUUAAAGUUCUUGAAACAAUUUAGAUCGAGGUAAAAUUUUCAUGCCUUGCUUUUCUUUCCUUUGUACAUAUUCAUUGGACCUGGCCGGAAAUAUUUAGAUAAUUUUUUUGGAUUUUGAUACAAUGGGUUCUUUUGGAUUUAGAGAAAUUAUUUAUUGAUUAAUUUCUUCCUAUU